AUGGACCACGAACAGAGCAAGAGCCGAUUCCUCCAAGAAUUACCAACUUUACUACGCAAUCAAGCUCAUAAAUAUUUGGACGAUGAUGAACUUCUAAAUAUAAUAAAAGAUCAUAUGUUUGUCAUCACUGUUACCUUUGGCAAUGGCUCUGGUGUAUCCAUUGAGAAAAAAGCGCUCAAAAUUACAGAUGCACUUAAUAUUGUUAUCAAAUAUGUUAACAGCGAUAGGAUGACGACUAAUUGCUCGAUUGGAAAUAUAUUUUAUAUACCGAUCUUGGCUGAAACAAUUCAAGGUCCUCUAGAAGAAAUGUUUAAAUUUUUGACGUAUCGAUUUCAACCGCUACCACUUCGCCUUCUUCGAGAUGAGAAGGCGUGGAAGGUUAGCGAAUUUGUUGCUUCUUCUGAAUAUCAUCUGGCGAAAUAA